AUGGAAACCAGCUGAUCGUUGAUGCCAGUGACUUGACGUGCACCUAAUUAAAACCAAACAGUACAAGUUUAUCUAGCAAUGUGAAUCGUUUUAUAAUCUAAAAAUAAAUAUUUUAAAAUAAUAAAUAAAAUACAAUGUUUUACGCUCCACCAGCAUGGGAAUAUUUACCGCCAACAAUCGUAUUGAACAUUUUGGGCUAUUUAAAUCAUAAAGAUGUCCUAAAUUGCGGAUUGGUUUGUAAGAAAUGGUACGAGGUGAGUAGAGAUGAACUCUUAUGGAAGGAACUCCUUUUCAACACUUUAAUGGUUGAUAGAUCAACGUAUAUAGCUCGAGGGAGAUCAUGGUUUAAGGAGUUUAAAAGAUUGUAUUAUCAUAUUCCCAUUGUGGAAUCUGAAACUUUAACAGAUCAUGCACAUCAAGUUUUACAUGUUAGUUUUUCGCAUAAUGGAAAAUACUUUGCUACUACUUCCAAGGAUGGAUAUGUCUAUGUUUGGAAUUCAACAUAUCCAACAACUAUAAAAUAUUACCGUGAUAUGAAAGAAUUUACAUGGAAAUACACUCAAUACUCACAAUUUAACGAAUCCGAUACACUUUUAUUGGUUUCUGGUGUUCAUUUUGGCUCAUCUUACAGUACAUCAGGUGAAAUUGCAGUCUUUAGUUUACAAGAUGGUUUCGAAUUAAGAUGUAGAGUUGUAAAUAAACCGUACGAUAUUUUCGGAACUUGGUACAGCGAUCAAUAUUUAUUAUCGGGUGAUUUACAAUGGUUGGCUCAUUUAGUGAGUACAUCGAUUUUAUGGAUAAACAGAGCAUCACAAGAAAUCGAUUCCGAACACGUACCUGUAACUCAUUUAAAGUAUAAGUUUUAUAAUAGAAAUGCGAGUUCGAUUCGAGCGAUUAUGGUUGCAAAUUGUUUACCGAAUUCGGAAAAUUUAGAUGAAACGGCAAACCAACAAAAAAACGUUAACGUAGUGGAUCAAAAAGCCGGCGGCGAUUUAGAAGAACACGGAAAUCCUGUUAGUCAUAGAGAUAUUAAUUUACCUAGCGCAAGUGCUCAAGGAAAUGUGCCAAUGAGAAACUCCCAAAUAUGGAAAUCUCCAAGUGAUUCAUUAGAUUAUCUAACAACGAUAGAGUACAAACCUGAAUAUCGAGAAGUAGAAAUUGAAAAAGGCGUUUCUUCAUCAUCAGAUACGACAAAUUCCGAUGAAAAUUCUUCUGAUGACUCCGAUAGUGAUGACGAUUCCGCAACAACAACGAAUGUAGAAAAAGAAUCGCCGACAAAUAGUUUUGGUCCAGUUCAAACAGAUAAAUUUUUAAUUUUCACAACUGGUUAUAAAACUUAUACUCCCCAUCAAAUUGGUUUUAAACGCAUCAAACCAUUUACUUUCCCUCCAAGAAUCGAUCCAGGACCAUCUUUACGUGAAAGACUUAUUAUUCAUGAAACAAGAAUGGCUCAAAGACGUUCAAGUUCACCACCUCCAGAACCAAAUUGGUUAAAUUACGAUGCUGUAGCCGACAAAUUCGAUAAAGUUGAUCAUGUUAUUGAUUUACACGGUCAUAUUAUAGGAAUGGGAUUAAGUCCUGAUCAUCGUUAUUUAUACGUAAACAGCCGUCCAUGGCCGCUAGGUUAUUACAUAAGUAAUCCAUUAGAUCCACCACCCAUAGCUCAAGAAAUUGAUAUCCACGUUAUCGAUUUAGUUACUUUAAAGCAAGUUGGAACAAUGUUGAGAGCUCAUAAAGCUUACACCCCAAACAACGAAUGCUUUUUCAUAUUUUUGGAUGUUUGUAAAGAAUACGUGGCGAGUGGGGCUGAAGAUAAACAUGGUUAUUUAUGGGAUCGACACUAUGGGGUGUGUUUAGCCAAAUUUCCUCAUAGCGAUGUCGUUAACUCCGUAGCUUUUAAUCCAAAAGAUUCAGAAAUGUUAAUUACUACAUCGGAUGAUAAUACAAUUAAAGUUUGGAGGUCAAGAUCGGCGGUGAGAAAGUUGGGGUUAAAGGAAUCAAAUUUUAAUACAGGGGUGGAGUUUUUAAAAAUGAAACGAUCACGUAACAAUAGAUAAUAAAACAGGAAAUUCAAAAGAAAUAUAAUAAAUAUAAUAGUAAUAAAAAUUAAUUUUUUAAUGUUAUUUAUUUUAUGGAAUGUUGUUGUUAUGAGUUAUUAAAUUGUGUGUAAAUACUGGUUAAGCAAAAAAAUUAUAUGUGGAAUAUUUAUGUAUGUGGAUGUUCCAUUAUUAUUAUGAGUAAAAGUGUUUGAAAUUUAUUUAUCAAAUUGUGGGAGUAUUUUUAAUAAAUGCCAAAAAGCCAUGAAAGGUGAAUGACCUUUACUGGUUUAAUGGUUUUUGAUUGA